AUGCUUGAUGAGAAGAUCGGAAGCCCAACUAAGGAACUCUGGUCGACGAAACACACAAAACUCCUAUGGGUUGAGCAGUGGCACUUCCAAACAAAGCCGCCACCGGUAAAUGUCGAGAAAGUGCUUGCAGUGCUCCAGACAAUGUUGGCCUACAUGUAUUUGAUAAACCACAGAAUGGUAGCUACCGAACGCAGUAUCACACCAGUCUUUACGAACACCGCGGAACGCCAAAAUAUGCUAAAGUGCGAUUUCCUGUUUUAUGUCGCGUAA